AGAAAAGGAAAAAAUUAAUAAGGAAAAGAGAGAGACAAAAAAAAAAGAGGACAUGAUUUCUUAGCGAAGAAACGCUUGAUUCUUCAAAUGCUCCUGCAUUAAUAUAGCAGGCCUUUAUUUUUCUUCUUGUGCUUCUCACUCUAGCUCACAGCUUAGAGAGAGCGGUUGUGUUACAAGAAUAAAAGGCAGGUUUUAAUGUUUUAGUCAUAUAUCAUAUGUCCACAAUGAGAAAGAAAAUAUGGAUUUUCCAGAGCCUUCUUUUGCUGGAAUGCUAUCUGGUGUCAACAAUGGAGGGAGUGGUGCAAGAGAAGGCAGAGGCGGCACUUCCGAUCACAACACUGUCGCCUCCAGAAGGCAACACCACAUUCCUGGACGGCACCAAUUGGUGUGUGGCACUGCCGGGGGUGUCUCAAGUUGAUUUGCAGAAUGCUUUGGACUGGGCCUGUGGCCUGGGAAUGGCUGAUUGCGGUGCCAUCCAAGCCGGUGGAGCAUGUUUUGAACCCGACACCCUUGUCUCUCACGCCUCCUAUGCCUUCAACAGCUAUUACCAACAGAAUGGGAAUUCGGAUAUUGCUUGCAAUUUUGGAGGCACUGCAACUUUAAGUAAAAAAGACCCAAGUUAUGGAAAAUGUUCAUAUUCUACAUCCGGGUCUCUCAACUCUUCCAAAUCUCCACUGUCCAAGUAUAAACCUAGCUUCACUUGGUGGGCAUUAGGCGCCAUUCUACUGCUUUUGUGCUUGAGAAUCUAAGGACAAAGGCAAGAGGAGAGCUCUAAGAAAGUGGUUGGAUAAGCAUUUUGUAAUUGUGAUUUGCUGAGAUAUUCCUAUCUUAGUAUCAGGUUUAGGAAUCUAUGGGGUAUGCAAUUAUCUCUUUUUUCUCUUUUUCUUUCUUUUUGCAAUUUUUUGUCUUGGGAAUCAGAUGUUUCUUCCCUCUUUGCCUUCCUCCUCUCAAGUAAUCUUGUCGCUUGACAUCAUUUUUA